AUGGAUGGCGAGUAUGUCCUCUGCAAUUGGAAAGGACGGUUAUGGCCAGCAAAAGUUUUGUCCAGAUCUGGGACUUCACCAAAAAGUAAGAGAGAGGUGGCGCGCCAUCUAGAAGUUCAAAUACUCUCCCUAGAUGAAAAAAUUAAAGUGAAAAGCAAACAAAUACAGAUGCUGACUGAGUCUCAAAUGGAAGCCAUGGCCUCCUCGUGGGUGGCACGGUCAAAGUUCAGGGCUCCGACGGGGGAGGAGAGGGCCCACAGAAAAGCCCUGAAUGUGGCGCUGGAAAUUCUGGAGGAGAGGGCACGCUUGGGUCACUCAAGCGCUUUCCACAAAGAAGAGACCAACAGUCUGUCUCAAAGGGUACCCCAAGAAACAUCCAGGGCGCUCCCUCCAAGAAAGUUUGGGAAGCGCACAGGGGAAGGAUCCAGAAGCCAUGGGAAGAACAUUGAGUUCUCAAAAUUCCCGGUAGUGUCUCUCGUGAGGUGUGAUGCUCUGUGUGGUGACGAGCCACAGAAGCACGCAGCCCCAGGUCCUGUCCUGAGUGAAACGGAACCAAAGUCAUCACCAAGCUCCAGAGUGGGCCACAGGUUCCCUUCACUUUCAGAAGGUGGUGAUGAGAAGGAGGGCAAGAAAAAGGCUGACACCUCAGCAGUUAUGUCGUCGCACCCUACGGUCGUGACAGAGGGUGCCUGUGCUAAACACCAAGAGGGCAUUCCCGUUUGGCCAUCAGGUACCCUGCGCACGGGCCUCAAAGCUUUGGUGAAAGCAGAGGUGCAGGACGCCUGCCCAAAGACCCGGGCUAGGUCCCGUGGAAGUUCUGCCUUCUCCGAGAAUACUGAGGGUCCCAGAGAGGGCCCCUCGAAGCCCAGCUCGGCUGGUGCGGCCACGCGCUCCAGCUCCUCUAACCUCCGUCUUACCAAUAGGAAAAGGAAGCUUCAGAUACAAGGGGCUCAGAAUGGACUGAAAAAAAGGCCACCUGUGGAUGACUCAGAGGCUACCGGUCCCGUCAAAUCUAAGAGCAGGCACGGGCCAAGGCAAGGUCAAUCUAGGUGCGUUGCUCGCCCACAGGAGCCAUGCCCCACAGAAAGAGGAAUGGUGGUCUGGUUUAAAUUUCAAGAUUACCCAUACUGGCCAGCAGUGGUAGUGAGCGUCCAGAGCGUAGAGAAGACCGCAAGGGUGCUCUUGAUUGAGGCCUACAUGAGCCAGGAGAGGAGGGGCAUUCGAGUCCCUCUCCGAAGACUGAAGCCCUUGGACUGUGAACAGAAACCGAAACUCAUGAACAGAGCCAGGAAGCUGUACGGCCAGAGUGUGGACUGGUGCUGCUCACUGGUGGCCCACUACAGGGAAGCCGUAGGCCACAGGUCUUUUGUGGGCUCCUUCCUGGAGUAUUUUGCCGCUGAUAUCAGUUACCCGAUUCGGAAAGCCGUCCAGGAGGGUGAGGUGGACAGCGAUUUUCCAAGAGUGAAUUAUAAUGACCUGGAGGAGUCUGAGGAGGAGCCCCACCUGGGUGGAAAGGGGCGCUACAAGAAACUUCUCCCUGACCGCAUGAAGGCCGCCAGGGACCGAGGCAACCAGAAGCUCCUCGACUUCAUUGUGAAAAGAAAGGGGGCCGAAAGGCACCUUCUCGACAUUGUAGACGGCAGGAAGCAGUCCACUUGGCUGGAUUCAUUUUUGGGUUCAGCCAGGCGCAUGGCCUGCAUUGAGACAUACCUGGAGGAUGAAGACCAGCUGGACGUCUUGGUCAGAUAUUUACAAGAAAUCUAUGAGCAAAUAGACCAGAGGAUGCUGACGCGGAUAAAGAAUGAUAAAGUCAAUUUUGUUCUGGAAGUCCUUCUGCCAGAAGCAAUCAUUUGUUCCAUCUCUGCGCUGGAGGGAUUGGAUUACAAGGACGCGGAGGCCAAGUACCUGAAUGGGCCACCUGUUCAUUACCGGGAGAAAGAGCUCUUUGAUAGAAAAGCCUUGGUGGAAAGGAGACGGAGAUUAGUUAUGAGGAAAGCUCAUUAA